CGGUUUAUUUGCCUUAAGCUGUUGACAGCCUCAUCUUUGGAAUUCUAUCAUGAACGUUUCUGACAACCAGAAAAGAUGGAUAGUCUUCGGGAUUGCUCUAAACAAGGUUCUGGUCGCAAAAAUACGAGCGUUUGUUGAACAAGAGAUUCGGAAGGAGUAUGGAAAUCUUCAAACCAGCCAUAAUAUCCAUACUCAGAGCUAUAGAGGGCGACUCCAAAAGCACACAGUUGCUUUAAAGUAUGAGAACAUUAAUGGAAACGACACAUUACCCAGGAAACCUGAUGGAAAGUAUGACUAUCCCAGGUUUGACUUCCAGGUGACGUCACAUAUUGACCUUGCCAAGCUGUAUGUGGAGAAUUACAUGGCCAAGUUCAACGCGUUCAACGAGCACUGUGAUGCAUCAGCCGUGCUCACGCUACUUGGUAAAGUUCCAGUGUUUCCUGCUGUUGUCCAGACUACAGCUGGUGAUGUAAGAAAGGCCAGAAAUGACUGGGCGCACUGUGUGUUUAGUGAGUGGGACCUACUAGGUUUUCAGCAAAGCUUUGCUGACGUGAAUCAGCUGGUGAAAUCUCUGGGCCUGCCAAGUGCCCAUGAGACUGCAAUCUUAAGAGAGCUGAAUGAGUGGCAACACAAAGGUGCCAUACUGUGCAUGAACGCUACUGUCGACCCUGAUCUGGUAAAGGCUGUUCAACAAGAUUUCGUUGCUCUCAAGAACGAUGUUGAUAAACUUGCAUUUGAAAAAGAGGAAGAAAGACAGCAAUUGCAGACUGCACUUCUGUGUAUUAUUACAGCUGUAGAGAAACUGGACAGAAGAGUUUCCAAAAUAGAGGAAGAUCAACAACUCAUGGAGGACGAUCAACGCUCCCUGACUGCGCAAGUCUUUCAGCUUGGAGAAACUCUGGACACAAGACUUUCGUUGGUGGAGCAAGAACAAGUAAUCAUCAAAGAGAACCAGAAUAUACUUUGUGAAAGAUUUGACACCACACAAGACCAGAUAAGUAAACUGCAGUCAGAUCAAGAAGACAUGGAACGACACAUCACUUAUUUGGGAGAUCAGAACUCAAGAAAAACCCAAAUUAGCAAUGAGAUUGCCAGUUGUGAAGCAGACAUUAAAUUUUUUGCUGAGCGUCAUCAUCCAGAUACUAGAAAAUGGUUUUUGAACGAUUUUCACAGAUGGUUUGAGAGGGAGGAGGGAGGAUCCAGAGCGUAUGUACUUCUUGGCGAUGCGGGAGUCGGCAAGAGUGUGAUGGCCGGUGUUCUGGCACAGAAAUCAAGAACGACUGGAAACUUAGCGUCUGCCUAUUUCUGCCGCCAUAAUGAUGGCACAAGAAACAAUCCCAGGUAUCUUCUAGGGACCAUUGCCUGUCAACUUUGCAAAUGUAAUGCUCGGUACAGUAACUUUGUGGGAGGGGAGGGUGGCAUUAGAAGUUGUUUGGGCAAUUCUGAAAUGGGUAUUCAGGAAUUGUUUACAAAAUUGUUACAAGAGCCAUUAGCCAAAUUCAGUGACUCUUGCAAGAGAAUGUUGAUCGUUAUUGACGCUCUUGAUGAGACGAAAUAUGAGUCCAGGGAUGAUUUUCUCGAUCUCAUAAUGCACCGUUUUCCCUUGCUUCCACCAUGGCUUGUUUUCUUUAUUACCAGUCGUCCUGAGGACACUGUGCAAGUAAGAUUAAAGGAGUACAAUCCCUGCAUUAAAAUCUGUGCGGGGAACAGCGAAAACCUUAAGUUUUAUCAACAGCACGAACUGGACAUCAGACUAUACUUAGAGAAAAGCGUCGACUUCUCUUGUCUACCCUUUUCGGCGGAAGACGUAGCGACGAAGUGCAACGGAUUAUUUUUGUUCGCUUACUACAUUGAGAGAGUUCUCAAGGAUCAACUCUAUUCAGGUAAGAUAAGUCAGCUCACUGAUCUUUUCCCAGAAGAUAUUGGGGAGUUUUUUCGUCAUAAUUUCACGAGAAUUUUUCGCAAAGUAGGCGCAGAUUUGUACAAGAAGUUGUUUGGUUGUGCUAUAGCCGCUCCCUCGCCCCUUCCUGUCUCGUUUAUCUCGUACAUUUUACAAAAAGAAAAUUCUGAUCUCGAUGAGCAAGAAGUAAUUGAUGCCUUUUCGACAUUUUUGGUUGUAAGGACUUCCAAUCAGACUUUCGCCUUUUUACACAGUUUGAUCCCUUCGUGGUUGACUGACAAGAAGAAAGCCUUAGCGAGGCUAUCUGUUGAUAGGAAUAAGGGAGGUAGGUACUUCAGGGAUAUCAUCUCUGAAGUUCUCUCAGACGCUAUUGCGAAUCAUCAGGGGGAAUGUCCUUCUUCCAUGGAAAGAGAUGUACUUGAGUACUGUGAUCAAAUCGGCGUCCGUCUUUUGUGUGAUUAUGGCGACAGUGAUUCUCUGAAGGUCGUUUUCAGGUACUUGGCAAAUUACCAAGUUAUUGCGAGGAGAUUAAAAACGAAGAGCAUCGAGAUAUAUUCUAUCAUUGGCGAUGUGAAGCUUGCAAUUUGCUGUGACGAAAUUAGUGACAGAGAGAAGGAAAUUCUUCGAGAGAUAUGCAUAUUCCUUGAAAAUAACGUAGACGUUCUCCUACGAAGUCCGCAACUUCUACAUUGCUGCUUACAAGAAUCUUCUAAAACUGUCAAAGAAAACCUUGUUUUUCCAGACAGUAGAGGGGCUACUAAGGUAGAUCACCGUUUGCUUUCUUUUUGUGGACUUGAAAUCCUGUCAGAAUUUGACUGCUUUUCUUUGUCACCUAAUAAGAAGUUGAUGGCUAGAGCAAGAAAGGGUUUCCUUUCCUUAUUUGAUACGUCUACGUUCGAGGAAGUUCAAGGCCCUACUACUCUAACAGGAAUAGUAGAUGAUAUUCAUCAUUUAACGUUUUCGCCAGACGGUAAGUUUAUAUUUUUUGGAAGGCUUGACAAAUGGUUCUCCUUGGAGGAAGGUUGUGUUAAGGAGUUUUCCCAGUUUAAUGCUCAAAAGCAAAUUUGCUAUAAAUGGAGUUAUUUCCUUAACGGUUCCAGGUAUAUUGCUGUGCAAGCAGGUCACCCUCCAACCGGAGCUCAUUCUAGAACCUGCCUGAUAAACAUAUUUUGUUUGUGGGCCAUCUAUGAGCUCGAACGUAAGUUUUGUUUACGUAAAGGUUCAGUUCUUUUUUCUGGCUGGCGUGAGACAUGCAAUUUCCAAUUUUUAUAUAGGUUUGAACUUUUACAUAAUGUUCUUCAGUUUUUGGAACCCAAUUUGACAGAAGUCGUAAUUGAAACAGUCAUGAAAUCUAAAGAAUGUCAUAAAUCUCGCCUCUGCCAAAACUGCCUUAAAUUCGAGGAACAGAAUGAGGAAGAAAACCUUAACAUUGUUCGUCAGCGUGUCCUCGACCUUUACCAGGAGAUGUUCGAGGUUCAGGUUUGGGAUGUAACAAGAGGAAUAUCUUUUCUGGAGAAAGCGUUUCUCGAGAAUGGGGUACAGCUGACCCCAAUGUUCUUCUUGUACCACUUGAGCGCUGCCGUAGAGUGCGAAAGCAGAUUUUUAUACGAAGAAAACAAGAAAUUGUCUUGUCAUUCCAUUGCUCAAGCCAUAUCAGUGGGGUCGCAAGUUCCCACUGCUGACCGAAAGUGGUUUGCUGAUGAGGUUGAUAAAGAAACUCCGUUUAGCUUAUAUUCGAAAAGGAAACUUGAAGUACUUAACAGAUAUUUUUUAUUAGACCACCAUCUCCUAGACAAAGGAGCAGUGGAGCUCGAGAAUCAUAUCGUCGAGAAAUGGAUAUCGUAUUCGUUAGAUCGGAAGUGGUUUAUUUCUCGCUAUAAAUUUGGAGAGUUUGAUAUCUUCAAGGAGGAAGGCAAAAAGUUUGCUUCUAAAAACGUCGAACACUGUGUCUUUUUGGAAGACAGUAACGCUCUUCUCUAUUACACCCGUGCACAAUCGCUACAGAUCAAGUAUCUUGAAAGUGACAUUGUGCUGACGAGCGUCACCGGACACAGCCCAUUCUUCCACCCAUCCACAAAACAAAUUGUAUAUUGGUUUGUUGAGCAACAUGGUGAAACAAUCAAUUUCCUGAGAGAUGCUCCAAAGGAUCUGAUACAGUUCCUUUUGCUUCUAACUACCGAGGGAGUUUUUAAUGGUACAUUCAUUUCAGCUGCCACUGUUUUUUCCCUCUCACCUAAGUUUUGUGAAACAGUUGGUAAAGAGGACGUUGUUCCUUUUGUCCCUGUAAAGAGUGUUGUAUUUUCUCAAAGUGGCGGUCUAAUUGCCUGUCAUCUGGGACCUAAACUUUACAUCUGUAAUAUUUUUGAUGAUGCGUUCUCUCAUUUAUUGUGUGAAGACCAGUGUGAAUGCGAUAGUUGUCAUUUAACAUUUUCACCUGACAGCACUUUACUUCUUCAUUAUAUCCAGAACAGCAAUGAUAUUCUACGCUUCCAGGUGUGGAAUGUUCAUAGCAGGGCUCUUAUUGUGACAUUCGACUUGCCAGCUGUCGAAUCACUGAUUUCACCUUUAGAUUGCUGUUGUCUUUCAUCAGACAACACGAAAUUAAUCGUAUGUGGGGGAUUCAUUAUUGAAAUCUGGGAAUAUGGUGCAUCAGCUUGUCGCCUAAUAGCUGGGAUAGAACACCACGUGUUUAUCUCAAACUAUAACGAGUUCACCUACUGUACAGUUUCGUCAGAAACUAAUUUGUUAGCCUGUUGCAUUACAGACAGAAUUGCCCUUUGCCCGAUGAAUACACCUACAGAUCAGUCUGUUCUGUUACUACCUCCUGCCCACUUAGGGAAAAUCGAAUUAUGUCAGUUUGUGAAAGGAGGUCGUUACCUGAUUUCUUAUGGUGUUGAUGGCAACGUGUUCCUGUGGGACUUGAACAGGUGUGAAGCUAUUGCAUUUGCGAAAUUGUGUCAAGGAAGGGAAAGUAUCAAAAGGCUGUGUGGAUCUUGUGAGGGAGACAAAUUCUUCUUCUUGACUUCUUCGGGUCGAUUCGGUGUAUUAACCCUUUGCGGACUGGAGCACUCGAUAUUGCUAAAAUUGCCAACGCUAAAAGUGCAAAGCGAGGAAAUGAUGUUAGAGGAAAGUUGUGGGCAACAAAGGGAACUGCAUGGACCAAAAGUUCUAACUCAUGCCACUGACGACCUGAAUGUUGUUGAAUUUCUAGAAGAAAUGAACUUAAUGUGCGACAGUGAAGGUAACAGUGAAAGCAGUGAUGAUUGUGAUGACAUGGAAAUGCUUGGUUGAUCGAGUUAGCAUAACUGAGUUUGUACAAGAUCUGUUUAUUCGAUUCUUCUAUUUCAAGUAUAACAGCUUUCACAGUCCCAUAUAAGGGCAAGAUCCUUUUAAUUCCUUUUAUGAACAGGGUCAAGACUGUUAGACAUCAGAUCCCAUGUACGAGACAAACAAACACAAACAGAAAAAAGGAAAACGAUUAAGACAUAGAGUAUGACAAACAGAGGAAAAAAAUAUUUUCAGAACAAUUUAUUUUUCCCAAAAAAGACACAGUGAACACUUUACUUUCUGCGAUCACAAAUUAAUGAAACAUAGAGUAUUUUGGCUUGUGCAUUUUAUAGAAAUAAUAAGAAGAUACGCGUAAGGUGGCUGCAAUUAAAGAAAUCACUGUAAAGGAGCCCCAAAAAUUUCAGGCCUUGACGCUGCUCGAAACUGUGCCUCAUAGAUAUAUGUUGGGCGCUAUCACUGACUGAGCAAGGAAGCCACAAUUUGGUAGUGAGGCAAAUAUAGUAGGUUCUGCGUUCCCACAGAAAGAAUGUGAUCACGAUGAAAUGAAAUACAAAGUAUUUUUUUUUAUCAUCCGCAGUGAUCACAUUCCUGUUCAGAAACGAAAGACCUACUCAAAUUUGCGUCGUAAAUUGAGAAGCACGUGUUCGAAUCUCGUCGAGGCCCAAUUUUUUUGAGGCUUCUUUUCUGCAAUUGCAUAAUUGCAACUCACUUGCGAGGAUUAUUCUUUUUACUUUCUGUUUUGGACUGAGUAUCUUAACAUUUCUGCCGCUGCCUUUUUCCCCAAUCGACAUAAAAUUUUGUUAGAAGUGAAGCCUAUGCAUGGAAACAGGUUGUGUUCUUUCGAGCAGUGCAUGCGCAUUUUUCGUCUUCUUUCGCAUUGGCCCAAAGGUGAACGCAAAGACAUAAAACUGUCAUUUUUAAUGUUUUAGUUGAUUCUCAUCAUCCCUGGACUUUUGUACCGCUGUCUCAUCAAAUGCUUUUGACUACGAACUCAAAAUUAAAACGAGUCUUUAUGGUUUUGAGACGAUUAUUCAAUGUUAGUUGUGGGUAUUUCGUCGAAACGCACAUAUCAUAGUGUUUCUAUAUUGUACUUAGAAAUAAGACUAAGGUCACUAUUCAUUUACGGUUAUGAGGCUUGAAGGUUUAAGUGAUCAUCAAUAUGUUGGUUUGCCCAAACGUUCGCAAAAUGUCAUAAACAAAUAGACCGUUUGAACUUCGCCUUUGAAAUAUUUCAAGACAAAAAAUGUUCCGUCUAGAUUUUACCUUCCAGGUAGAUGGGUAUUUGUUAAGCAGUAAAGAUCCUAAGUUAUAGGUUAAUGAUUAUAGGUCAAUGAAUAAUAUGAAAAUUUUGUUGUAUAUAUUAUUGUAAUUAGUUUUAUUAUCUUUUUGUGUUGUGGAAGAUCGUUGAUUAGCCCUACGGCCAAACGUUUCAUCCACAGUAACUGAAGUUACCUCUAUCUAUCUAAAAAACAAAUUUGAAAAAGCGUCUCGAGCAGUUUUGUGUAGAGAGCAAUUCUUACAGAGAACGUCUACGUAAGUUUAUCAAGGGCGGCGGAACAAGGGGAGGGGGCUUUUAAACUGUAAUUAACUGUCAUGGGGAAAAAUCCUUCACGACUCCCGAGGAGGUCCUUUCACGGCUCUUGCCUUGCCUUCCCUUCCCCUCUCCUGCAGUGAGUUCUCUUUCCGCCCUUCUGUUAGUUUGAUGUAGUUCUCAUUGUAGUUUUCAAAGAUUGGAAUUUUUUUUGAGAACAUUCUCUCCUAUUUUUUUACCUUGUAUAGAAUAUUUAACAGAUAUUGAAAAAGUGUCGUGCUACUGCUGAAAGUCUUUCGAAGGACACUCUCGUAAGCGGCCACUGUCCUUUCGACCUAUCUCCACUUUACGUAAAUGGCUAUCUAAAGAUACGAACAACUUUUCCUUCCCAAGGUUGUCUCCUUACGAGAGUUUCAACUUUAGUAGUUUUAUCAGCUUUCCAUUUAUUAUGUAUCGAUGAAAAAUCAUCCUUGAAUUGAUACGUUAUGUUAUUGCGUUAAAAGGAAAAAGGAUUUACUGCAGUUUUCCUACGUAAGGGAAUAAUUUAAGAGCACCUAAUGAGAGCAGUUAAACAGUUGAAUGUAAAUAACUUAUAUUUACUCUAACCCGUAAAUAUUAACAGAACUGAGAAUUUUAUAGUUUUAAAGUUUUUGUUGCUAUAUUUCUUUAGUGCCGAUGGUAAGAAUAAAAUUAUUUUAGGA